UUUGGUCUCACUGGUGUCUAUUAAGUAGUCCAACAGCCCAGGCUUUCCUCUGUGACAGCCUGACUGCGGAGGGGGAGAUUGCACAAACCGUUCCUGUCCCUGUAAGUGCCUCUUUUUGCUGCUCGCUCUCUGUGUGAUCAGCUCAGAGCUGCUGACUGUGUUGGACUCCGGAGCGUCACCCCGACCUGACGCACUCUUGUACCAGAGCGCAGCUGUCACCAUUACUUCAUGCUUAUUGGCCCAAGACAGAGAGGCAGAGGCAGAGCAAAAGGCAAACAACAGGGAGAGAGAGAGAGAGAGAGAGAGCUGGACCCCUGUGCUCUGCUCCAUCGAUUUGCGGAGGUGCACCCAGGAUCCUCUGUCGGACGCUGGCUACACGUUUCCGAGCUUUGGGAUUUCUUUUAUUUGGAAUGCCAAACGUGGAUUCAGUGUUUGGAACAUGCUCCUGGAAAAUUUGGUAGUGGUUGUUUUCUGCCUGUGGGGUGCUGAUGUUAGCAGAGCUUACGUGUUCCAAGCCAGUCGACCUGGAGAAGGAGACAGCCCACAGCUUCAGACAAAAGUUGACUCGGAGUGGAUUAGCACCGCAGGCUCCUGUAAGGGGAGGUGCUUCGAGCUGGACGUUGCCGAUCCUCCAGGAUGCAGAUGUGACAACCUGUGCAAAACUUACUACAGCUGCUGCACAGACUUCGAUGAGCACUGCCUGAAAACAGAGGGAGGAUUUGAGUGCAGGCAGGAUCGCUGUGGGGAGGUGAGGAAUGAAAACCAUGCUUGCCACUGCUCAGAGGACUGUCUGGAGAGAGGAGACUGCUGCUCCAACUACAAAUCCCUCUGCAAAGGUGAAACUUCAUGGCUGCAUGGAGAUUGUGAGGAGAUCAAGAGCGCCGAGUGCCCCGCGGGUUUCGUCCGUCCUCCUCUCAUCAUGCUGUCUGUCGAUGGCUUCAGAGCCUCCUACCUGAAGAAGGGCAAAUCUGUUAUCCCCAACAUAUAUAAACUCAGAACAUGUGGCACAUCAGCUCCGUAUAUGCGACCGGUUUAUCCAUCGAAGACCUUCCCAAACCUCUACACUCUAGCCACAGGUCUGUACCCAGAGUCCCAUGGCAUUGUGGGAAACACCAUGCACGACCCAGUGUUCAACGCCACCUUCAGUCUGCGCACCAGAGAGAAACUCAACCAUCGGUGGUGGGGUGGGCAGCCAAUCUGGAUCACGGCAGAGAAACAAGGAGUGAAAGCAGGAACUUUCUUCUGGCCUUGGGUGAUUCCUCUUGAAAGGAGGAUUCUGACCAUCUUGCGCUGGCUGCAUCUGCCUGAUGAUGAGAGGCCAUACGUUUAUGCUGUCCACUCUGAGCAGCCGGAUACCUUCGGGCAUCGCCUCGGACCGCUCAGCAGUGAGUUGGACAACCCACUGAGAGAGAUUGACAACAUCAUCGGUCAGCUGAUGAACGGACUGAAGCAAAUGAACCUGCAUCGCUGCAUCAAUGUCAUCAUCGUUGGAGAUCAUGGUAUGGAGGAGGCGCACUGUGAGAGGACAGAGUUUCUCAGCAGCUACCCUCUCAACCUAGACGAGAUCAUGCUGAUCCCUGGCUCACUGGGUCGGAUCCGUCCCCGUGACCCCAAAUCGACCACAUAUGAUCCAAAGGUUGUGGUUGCAAACCUCACCUGUAAAAUGCCAACUCAGCACUUCAAGCCAUACCUGAAGCAGCAUUUACCCAAGAGGCUUCACUACGCCAACAACCGCAGGAUCGAGGAUGUCCAUCUGCUGAUGGAGAAGAAGUGGCACAUCGCCAAGAAAACACCAGAAAAGCCGAGGACUCGGUGUGGUUUCUUCGGUGAUCAUGGCUUUGACAACAAGCUAACCAGCAUGAGGACUAUCUUUAUGGGGCAUGGACCGAGUUUCAAAUUUCAGAAAAGAGUGCCAGAGUUUGAGAAUAUAGAGUUAUACAACGUGAUGUGUGACUUGUUGGGGUUGAAGCCGGCUCCGAAUAACGGGACGUACGGCAGCUUGAACGACAUGCUGAAAGACCCACCUUUCCAUCCCACCAUGCCAGACGAAGUCACCCCGCCUUCACCGGUGUCCGACUCGGACAACACGGUGACCCGCGAUCUGGGCUGCAGCUGCGAUGACGAGAAUAGGGUGGAAGAGAUUAUUCAGCCAUUCAGUCCUGCACCAGAUGGAGUCUACAGUUACAACAGCACACACCUACCAUUUGGUCGUCCGGCAGUGAUGUUUGCCACUCGGUACAGUCUUCUUCAUCACGUGGAGUUCAUCAGCGGAUACAGCAAAGAGCUGGCCAUGCCCCUGUGGACGGCGUACGCAGUGCCACGACAGGAGGACAUAACGCCUGUUCCAGAGGUUUUAGAAGGUGUAAAGUGCAUUCGAGUUGACCCAAGAGUUUCAUCUGAUCAUAGUCAGAGCUGCACAACAUACAAUCAUAACAGCCAGCUGACCGGCGGCUUCCUCUUCCCUCCAGAGCUGGCAACAUCUCCAGAGUCCAGAUAUGAUGCUUCACUCAUUACCAACACUGUCCCCAUGUAUCCUGCCUUCAAGAGAAUAUGGAGUUACCUGCAGGGGGUGCUGCUAAGGCGCUAUGCAGAGGAAAACAAUGGGAUCAAUGUUAUCUCUGGACCUGUCUUUGACUACGACUAUGAUGGCUAUCCAGAUAGCACUGAGAAGAUUAAAGAGUCCUCAGCUGAUGGCCCACACGUGCCCACCCACUUCUACGCCGUAGUGACCAGCUGCCAGGAGGCCAACCAGACGGUGGACGGGUGCGACGGGGCACUUCGGGUCUUUUCCUUGCUUCUUCCUCACAGGCCGGACAACAGUGAGGCCUGCAAUAGCGCUGAGGACGAGUCACAGUGGGUUGAAGACCUGUUGAAGCUCCACACGGCCCGGGUUCGAGACGUCGAAAUCCUGACGGGCUUAGACCUCUUCAGAUCCACCAACCUCACCUACACCAACACCCUAAGACUCAAAACCUACCUGCACACUUUUGAGAGUGACGACUAGAUGCACAAAGGUGGACAGAGAAAUAUACUGGAUGUUGGCCUUGAUAGAAAAUCCUUCAUUUUCGCCGAUGCUCACUGGACAGAUGAUGCACGGUUGUUCCCGUCCCGAGCAACUGCCCGAGAUGGGCUUUCAAACAGAUUUGGAAAGUUUAAAAAAAACAACUCAAAUUUGACUUUGGGAAUAUUAGCACAGAAACAUUCAAUAGAACCAUAAAACUAUGAAAAUUAGUAGAGAACAAGAAUGAUUGAAUGGGGGACUUAAGGCUGCCAGUACACUGCUGCAUUUUCCAGCACAUGUAAAGGACUGUAUCUGUGUUUUAGCUCCGUAACAUUUAGUAAUCUAUAUCUAAUAUUUCUACUGAUUUCCAAAUAUAUGCAGUUAUAUUUAGAAAAUAUAUUAAAAAGUGUGUUGUUUACUUUUGAAUAUCGGUUCCGGCUGCAUGCAACGUAACACUAAAAUGACAUGAAAAAUCUGAUUAAAAACUAUGAAACUCUGAGGCAGAGUAUUAUUUGUAUUCAAUAAGCUACAAUUUACCCCAAAAAGAACAGUCCAGUGUGAGUCCUUUUUUUAGCAGCUUCAAAUGUUUUCUUGGUUAUUAACUAUAAAAAGCCUUAACCACAGCAUACCACUUUCAUACAGAGGCUCACGAAAGGGAAAUUCUUAACCACAGAGAAUGCUUGGUGAUUCAAAUAAUAUGUAUCGGUCAUCUUUAUCUGAGAUGAAAAGGCAUAAUUGACGUAGAACUGACGUGCAUGAAUACGAAGCACAACUGCCUUUGGUUACAAUCCAAAAUACACCAACAACUGUUUAGUGAGUCUUCCUUCAAGCAAACAUUAUAUUCUGAGUGAGUGUGUGAACUGGAGUACUGUUGGAACACUGCCCCUCCUGGAUAAAAUACUUCAUUUAUUAAUAGACAUAUUCAACAUUAAAAACCAAAAUAUUUCGCUUUUAACAUGAAAAUGGCAGAAAAAAUGCAUACAGGACAAAAAGGUUUGUGACGUUUUCGAAAAGAGAGAACUGCUGUGUUGGUGGCAGCAUAGUCUGAAACGUGACCGCAUUUUGCAUUUGAAUUUAGAUACUACUCUUAACAUUAAAUGCCAAACAAAUUAUUUUUUAUGUGCCUCUGUCUACAUCAUUACCCAUCAUUCUAUCACAGCUCUAUCCAUGUUUUCCUUUUGCCCAGCUCUGGAAUAAUAAUAGGAUCCAGAGUGAUUCCAGUGAAAGAGUGAGGCCACUAUUAACUUUGAGGAAAUUACAAGCAUAUGUCGAGCUUUUCUUUUAUCAGUUUAUCAGGUUGUAAAGGAGAAUGGUUAAAAAAAUGCUUCCAAGUGCUUACUAAUUACUACAAUUUUCAAUCUUAAACACCACAAAUCAGAGACGUUUUUCACCAUUUCAGUGUUUGUUGUCUUGGGAAUAAAUUUGAUGGCAAUUGUUCAUAAACUUGAGUCUUUGAAUGUACCUACUCUAUACAAUGAAUGACACUACAUCUAGUCCUUAUCAUUUAUUUUGGCUAAAGAAGGUUAAUUAUUCUGGGAUAGUGCUCUCUUCAGGAUAGAGAGGUUAGUGAAUUUUAUUUGAAUGCUGGUCAAAUGUAAGUUUGAAUUAAUAUUGGUUGACUUUCAUCCUUAUGGUGAUACAAUUUGGAAAAUGACUUAGCUUAGCUUCACUCACUGUACGUUUUCUCAUUUUGUGACGGCUGUCUUGUCUGAUUAAACUUAAUGCUUUUAUAGUCUAAGAGUUGCCAAGAUCUAGUGUUCCUUUUGUUUAUUGUAAACAUUUGUGACAUUGCAAUUAAGGGUAAAUAUAGCAAAGUAUCAUUCAUCAGUGGAAUAAAAUAUUAAUGAGAAUUACUUUUAAUGACUUAGGAGCAUGUCAAGUUGACUAGUAUAUCCUUGUAGUCUUUCAAAUAAAAGAAAUAUAGAUGACAAAAACUUACAAUGAGUGAGACUGAGUUGUUUUCCUAUGUAUGGCUUACUAAGGAUGUGAAAGUCCAAUUUUCUGCCCCAAUAUACCAACAAAAUAAGGUAGGAUGCCAGCUACACCAGA